CGAAUCCCUCUUUUUGCGUAUAAAUCCAAUCUGUCCGUUGAGACUUGAGAGAGACAGAGAGAGAGAGGGAGACGCGGAGAGAAAAACGGAGAAUCGGAGACCGCUCGGCAUUGAAAAUCUUCUCGUGAGAGAGGGAGGGAGAGAGGGUGAGAAUGGGGACCGAAGAAGGAAACGAGCAAGUCUCGGCAUCAAGGAAGCACCUAGUGUUUGCCUACUAUGUCACUGGCCAUGGCUUUGGCCAUGCCACUCGUGUUGUUGAGGUAGUUCAACACCUCAUAUAUGCUGGACAUGAUGUUCACGUAGUAACUGGUGCACCGGACUUUGUCUUCACAACUGAAAUCCAGUCUCCUAAACUGUUUCUUCGCAAGUUGGUACUAGACUGUGGAGCUGUCCAAGCAGACGCUUUGACAGUGGAUCGCCUUGCCUCUUUGGAGAAGUAUUCUGAGACAGCUGUAGUACCUCGUGCUUCCAUUUUGGCAACAGAAGUGGAGUGGUUGAACUCCAUCAAGGCUGACUUAGUGGUUUCAGAUGUUGUUCCAGUUGCAUGCCGAGCAGCAGCUGAUGCUGGUAUUCGGUCAGUUUGUGUCACCAAUUUCAGUUGGGAUUUCAUCUAUGCAGAGUAUGUGAUGGCAGCUGGUCAUCAUCAUCGAACAACAGUCUGGCAGAUUGCUGAGGAUUAUUCUCACUGUGAAUUCUUAAUUCGUCUCCCCGGAUACUGCCCAAUGCCUGCUUUUCGUGAUGUGAUGGAUGUACCUUUGGUUGUGAGGAGGUUGCACAAAUCCCGCAAGGAGGUGAGGAAGGAGCUUGGUAUUGGAGAUGAUGUGAAGGUCGUUAUCCUGAACUUUGGUGGUCAGCCAGGAGGUUGGAAUUUAAAAGAGGAGUGCUUGCCUUCGGGGUGGCUGUGCCUGGUUUGUGGUGCUUCUGAUGACCAAAAUCUUCCUCCAAAUUUCAUAAAGCUUGCAAAAGCUGCAUAUACACCUGAUCUCAUAGCAGCAUCUGACUGUAUGCUUGGGAAAAUUGGGUAUGGCACUGUCAGUGAAGCCCUUGCAUACAAGUUACCAUUUGUCUUUGUACGUAGAGAUUAUUUCAAUGAAGAACCUUUUCUAAGAAAUAUGCUGGAGUACUAUCAAGGUGGCGUUGAGAUGAUUAGGAGAGAUUUACUAACUGGGCGCUGGAAACCAUACCUUGAACGGGCAAUUAGUUUGAAGCCAUGCUAUGAAGGAGGCAUCAACGGUGGUGAGGUUGCAGCUCGCAUUUUACAGGAUACUGCUGUUGGAAAGAACUAUACUGCAGAUAAGCUUAGUGGCGCAAGGAGAUUGCGGGACGCUAUAGUUCUAGGGUACCAAUUGCAAAGAGUCCCUGGAAGAGAUAUUUGCAUUCCCGAUUGGUAUUCGAAUGCUGAAAAUGAGUUUGGUCUUCGCACUGGAUCACCUACUGCUGAAAUGACUGAGACAAGAUCCCAUAUAAUGUCUUACACGGAAGACUUCAACAUUCUUCACGGAGAUCUUCAAGGUCUUUCGGAUACAAUGACUUUCUUGAAGAGCUUGGCAGAACUUGAUGCUGUCUACGAUUCUGGAAAGACUAAAGAGAAGCACUGGAUGCGUGAACGCAUGGCUGCUGCUGGCAUCUUCAAUUGGGAGGAAGAGAUUUUUGUGGCAAGAGCACCAGGAAGAUUGGAUGUUGUUGGAGGAAUAGCAGAUUAUUCUGGAAGCCUUGUCUUACAGAUGCCUAUCAGAGAGGCCUGUCAUGUAGCUGUCCAAACAAACCAUCCGAGUAAACACAAGCUGUGGAAACAUACGCAGGCUCGGCAGAAUGCAAAAGGACAAGGCCCAACACCUGUGCUGCAAAUUGUGUCAUAUGGUUCAGAGUUAAGCAAUCGUGGUCCAACAUUUGACAUGGAUUUAACAGAUUUUAUGGAUGGAGGGCAGCCAAUAUCUUUUCAGAAAGCAAAAGAAUAUUUUGCCCGAGAUCCAUCGCAGAGAUGGGCAGCAUAUGUUGCAGGUGCAAUUCUGGUUUUAAUGACAGAACUGGGCAUGCGCUUCGAGAAUAGUAUCAGCAUGCUGGUUUCUUCAGCUGUCCCAGAAGGAAAAGGUGUAUCUUCUUCUGCUUCUGUGGAGGUUGCUAGCAUGUCUGCUAUUGCUGCUGCUCACGGAUUGGACAUCAGCCCCAGGGAGCUGGCCUUGCUCUGCCAAAAGGUAGAGAAUCAUAUAGUUGGAGCUCCGUGUGGUGUGAUGGACCAGAUGGCUUCAGCGUGUGGUGAAGCCAACAAACUUCUUGCUAUGAUUUGUCAGCCUGCUGAGGUAAUAGGGCUUGUGGACAUUCCUAAUCAUAUACGAUUUUGGGGAAUCGAUUCUGGAAUACGACACAGCAUUGGUGGUGCAGACUAUGGUUCUGUAAGAGUUGGGGCGUUUAUGGGUCAAAAGAUGAUUAAGUCUGGUGCAUGUGCACUGCUUACCCAAUCAUCUUCUAGUGCAAACGGAAACACUGAAGAAUUGGAAGAGGGUGCUGUUGAACUACUCCAAACAGAGGCUUCAUUAGACUACUUGUGCAAUCUGUCACCUCACAGAUAUGCAGCUCUUUACUUUAAAAUGCUUCCAGAUUCUAUUCUUGGUGAGGCCUUUUUGGACCAAUAUUCUGAUCAUAGUGAUCCAGUCACAAUCAUUGACAAAAAGCGCACUUAUGGAGUUAGAGCAGCUGCAAGACAUCCUAUUUAUGAGAAUUUCAGAGUCAAGGCCUUUAAAGCUCUAUUAACUUCUGCUGCCUCAGAUGACCAACUAACUGCUCUUGGAGAAUUGUUGUACCAGUGUCACUACAGUUACAGUGCUUGUGGACUUGGCUCGGAUGGGACAGACGGGCUUGUUCAAUUAGUACAGCAAAUGCAACAAAAGAAAAACUCCAACACUGAAGAUGGAACUUUAUAUGGAGCAAAGAUCACUGGUGGUGGAUCCGGUGGGACAGUUUGUGUCAUUGGUAGGAAUUGUCUUCGGAGCAGCCAACAGAUUCUCGAGAUUCAGCAGAGAUACAAAGGUGCCACUGGCUACCUGCCAUUUCUUUUUGAAGGUUCGUCUCCAGGUGCUGGGAAGUUUGGGUAUCUAAGGAUUCGUCGCCGGCACCCUCCUAAUUUUAAUUGAAUCUAUUGCUAAGAAGAAUGUUUAUCCUAUUGGAGAUUGAUAUCUUAUUAUUCUGGUCUCCUUUUUGGGUACCAGUUCUGAAAUCAAUGUUGAAACUCCACCUCAAGUGGUGGUGAGCAUUUCACAGUUGUGAAUAUUUAAAUAAAGGUUGGUACUUUCCCUCC